AGUAAGGAUCGAUAUUCUUUUCUUUGUUCAAGAUUUUUAUUCACAGGAUUUUAACACUUGACGAGAUUUUGACAAGAGAUCAAGAUUCUGCAAUUCUACCUACAGCUCAGCACAAGGGGGAGUGUUGAAGGAAUUUGUAAAUUAGUGUGCUGUUGUGUAGAUAGAAUUUACUUUAUAUUGUGUAAUAAGUUGUACUGGCCUAUGGGCCUUCUCUUGUAAAACCCUACGAAGCUCUUCCAUAUAUAAGGGAGCUAUUAUCAAUAGAGAAAGACACAUCUCCCACAACAAAAUCUACAUAUUUUUGUAAGGAGCAAACGAUCAAUGCGAUGUGGGAUCGUAUCAAGGAGAAGUUCUUCACGGCGAUGAAGAAGGACGGCUCCUACCGAACCCGUGACCAACUCACUUCCAAAUGGGGCCACAUCAACAAAAAAGUCCGAAAGUUUAUGGGAGUACACGAGGAAUGCUCCCGGUCCCGGAGAAGCGGCACGAACGACGCCGAUGUUCUCCGGCUUGCCACGACCCGGUAUCAAGACGACGGGAACCAAGGCAAGGUGCCCAUCGAUCUUUGGAGGAUUUUGAGUCGUUCCCCGAAGUGGCAACCACUCAACAAUCCCGACGGCGGAUCGUUCCGGAAAAGAUCCACCGUCGACGCCGAGGUUGAGGUCGACGAGACCAUUGGUUCUACCGAUCAAAUCCCUUCCUUCAACGUUGCGGCUUCCGAUGACGAGGACCCCAUUCCACGGCCGAUCGGAAGAAAGAAGGCAAAAUCCAUUGCCUCUGGUUCGGGAGGGUCCGCCUCUGUUUCCGCUUCUCCCCGNCUUUGGAGGAUUUUGAGUCGUUCCCCGAAGUGGCAACAACUCAACAAUCCCGACGGCGGAUCGUUCCGGAAAAGAUCCACCGUCGACGCCGAGGUUGAGGUCGACGAGACCAUUGGUUCUACCGAUCAAAUCCCUUCCUUCAACGUUGCGGCUUCCGAUGACGAGGACCCCAUUCCACGGCCGAUCGGAAGAAAGAAGGCAAAAUCCAUUGCCUCUGGUUCGGGAGGGUCCGCCUCUGUUUCCGCUUCUCCCCGCGACGAAAUCGGCCUGGAAAUGGUUGAACAACUUCGGGCGUUCAAUCUCCAAGAACAGAAGAGGUUGAAGCUUAAAGAGAAGGAGUUGAAGCUAAAGGAGCAGGAGGCCGAGAUGAAAGUCAUGCAAACCGACCCCGGGACGUUGUCGGAGUUUGGAGGAAUUAUCUAUGAGCAAAGAAUGAGAGAGAUCAAGGAGAAAUAUAAUUUUCCUUAGUUUUUUUUAUUAAUGUAUCUUUUUUUUAAAUUAUUGUCGCUUUUUUUUAUUUAAUUAAUGUGUUUUUUUAUUAUUCGUGUUUCAAUUUAAUUAAAUAAAAAAUUAAGUACAUUUUAUUAAUUUAAUUUUAGAAGAUGUAUAUUUAAAAAUGUAAAAAAUGAAGGUUUGAAGCCCAG